ACAUCUCUCUCUCUCUCUCUCUUCCUAAUUCUUCAAUAAUGGAAAGCACAGAUUCAUCAUCUGGGUCACAACACCCUCAGCUUCCACCUGGGUUCCGGUUCCACCCUACAGAUGAAGAACUCGUGGUCCACUAUCUCAAAAGGAAGCUUGCCUCAGCUCCUCUACCCGUUACUAUCAUAGCAGAGAUCGAUUUAUACAAGUUUGAUCCAUGGGAGCUCCCAAGUAAGGCUACGUUUGGAGAACAAGAGUGGUAUUUUUUCAGUCCAAGGGACCGGAAAUACCCGAACGGGGCUAGGCCUAAUAGGGCUGCAACUUCAGGAUAUUGGAAAGCAACGGGGACCGAUAAACCUAUACUAACAUCUAAUGGAACUCAAAAGGUUGGUGUUAAAAAAGCCCUUGUGUUCUACGGUGGAAAGCCCCCUAAGGGUAUUAAAACCAAUUGGAUUAUGCAUGAGUACCGCCUUCUGGACAACACUUCUACUUCCAAGCCUACUACUACUGCUUCUGAUGCUACAAACAAGAAAGGUUCUUUAAGGCUUGAUGAUUGGGUUUUGUGUCGGAUUUAUAAGAAAAACAACACCCAAAGACCUAUUAUGGAUCAGGACAAGGAGGAUUCAAUGGAGGCUAUGAUUCCAACUAUGCAAACCAUGUCGAUGGCUAGCCAGCACAAUGGGAAAGUACCUCUACCUUCAAAGACUGCAAACUAUACUGCAUUACUUGACAAUGAUUCUGAUAAUUACUUUGAUAGAAUUUUGAGUGCGGAGGGCAUGCAAAAUGGUUCCAUUUCUCAUAAUUUAGCCACUUCAAGCUCAAAAAGUAGUACACUUGCGGUGAAACGCACACUCCCAUCACAGUUUUGGAAUGAAACAGGAUCUCUAGGCUCUUCUUCCUCUGGUGGUAAGCGAUUCCAAGGUGAUCUUAAUAGUGGAAGUGCAGGGCUUGAUGAAAACAACUCGUUUGUUUCUCUGCUAAAUCAGCUCCCUCAGGGUGCUUCAUUCCAUCCAAACUCGCUUAUUGGGUCUCUUGGUGAUGGGGUUUUGAGGCAACAAUUUCAACUUCCAAGCAUAAAUUGGAACUCAUAGUAUGGUUUAGUGUAAUGGGUGUGCUACAAGUACAACCAUCAUAUUUAUUUUAUACAUGACAGUCAAAGUCAAAACUCUCAGUUAGGAUGCCUUUUCUCAUAGAUUAUAUAUGAUGAUACGUAACAAACUGAUUAGAAAGGUUGAGCUAUUUUCUCUCAGUGUAAGUACUAUAGUUAGCAGCGAAUGCCAGGUUAGGUUAUACGUAUCAUACUCUUGGUUUCAUUUCAGAAAUGAUGAACGACUUUGCUAUAUAUAUAUAUGAAUUUGUUAGAAUUGUUAGAUAUUGAAUAGAGAGGAAAAUGAAGAAGAAUGAAUAUUUUUAUAUUUGAA